AUGGGAACUAGCAGCUCAGUUCCUAAUAAGCAAAGUCGUAAAGAUGGCAAUACGAAUACUACACCGUCAACAAAUAGCCAUAACAACGAAUCUCUCGGGUCUGAUAGCGAUAAUCGCCUACUAACUGGACAGGAUAGUAGCCUAGAUGGUACUCCACGAACAGAGCGGAAGAUAUUCACAACCUUGGCCAAGAGGAAGAGCGGCUCAAUUCGCAAAGGAAGCGUUCGAACAUCACAUAUGAUCACUGAUCUAGAAGCUGAAGUUGAAAAAUUGAAAAAAGAGUUUGAUGUCUUUCGCCUACAGAAAGAAACUGAAAUCGAACAACUGAAUGCUGCUAAAGAAAAAUCGAAUAAUGAAAUUAAACGUUUAAAGGGUGAAGUUAAAGUUACUAGAGAUGCUUGUUCCAAGCUUGUAACAGAGCGUGAUAACGCUGUCACUUCCGAGAAACAGGCCAUCGCCAGAGCAGCAACUUUCCAGCAAGAACGUGAUAAGAUACAACGUCAAUUUAAAUUGUAUCGAGAAACCAAGGAAAGUGAAUUACAUGAACUUUUGAAAACUAAAAGGGAGCUAGAAGGAAAAUUAUUUAGACAAAAUACUGUUGAUAGUACUUCUGGUAGUGCUAUAGUCAGAGAAAAUUCAGCAAAAGCUGAGGUACGUACGCUAGGUGGUGUAAGCAACGUUAGUAAUCCGCCUCUUGUUAGUGACUGGUCAACGUCACUAGAAAGCAGUUGGUCAAUUAAUUGGGCUGCUGUAUGCAAUGAUAAGGGGCCAGAAGCAUCCCAACUUGGCGAUAUUGAUGGUCCAUAUUUAAAUAUCAAUAAAGAUGACUGGAAAGCUGCCAGUAUGGCUCUAUCUAAAUCAUUGCCACUGUUUAUGCAAAUUGCUCCUAUUAAUUCUUUAAAAGUCUACGUAUCUGCGCCUAAAGGCUUAGAAAAAGAAGUGGAAAUACUAAAUCAGGUAUAUGUGGGAAAGCUUCAAGAUAUGUGCCAAAGACAUGGGUUUUCUCAGAUGGAAUUCGAUCACGGUCAUUUACGAUGUGCUGGAUCUAGACCUGCCAUAUUUUGUUUUAGGAAUAUUGCGUGGGAUCAGCAAUUUCCAGUGAAGGCAGACACAUUUCGAGGCUAUUCCGCUAAGCAGCUAAAGGUCAUGAUAAGGAAUAGCAAAAACGCAAAGGCAAUAGAUAACUAUAGCAGUCCUGAUGAGGGUGCAGAGCUGGCUUUUAAAGAACUUCGAAAACUAGUGAAAUUGAUUCUGGGAAUAGAAGAUAAUGAAGUCUUUUUAUCCAGUAACGGCGAUAGUGAUAGUGCAAUUAUAGAAAACUCUGACGAUGCCGUUGUAGAUGAUGAGGACAUAUUAGAUAAGACUAAUGAAUGGGAUAUCCUUGGGGAAGCCGAACAGCUAGAAUCACUACGUAUUGCUGCUGAUGCUAGCGACAUAUUUGGCCUUGACGAGCAUAUUGCCAUGGUAUCUAAAGAAAUUAAUGCUGAAGGACCUUCUCCCCCAUUGUUGAUCAUUGGUGAUCAGGGCUCAGGAAAAUCAUUAUUAUCAGCGAAAUGGAUUGAAGAGUACCAGAAACUUCACCCCGACUGUAUCAUAUUGUAUCAUUUCGUAGGGUUACCAAAUUCUAUUAGUGCAGACUCCCUUUUAAUGUUAAAAAGACUAACUAUGCAGCUGAUGCGGCAUACAAGGCAGCGAAACAAGCCAACCAAUGACCCUUUUAAGUUACAGGAAGAUUUCCUUACUAACUUAGAAAAAGUAGCAACCGAGCGUAACAGCCGCGUAAUAUUACUAUUAGAUUCUGCAGAUAGAUUUCGGUCUUGCGAAACGGAGCUAAAGUGGCUUUUAGAUCCAUUUCCUUCGGAGGUAAAGGUGAUUCUGACCUGUAAGGAAGGAACCAUACCAGAAGCAUGGCGGCCCUGGCCGUCAGUCUAUAUCCGCCGGAUGACUGAAGAACACUGUAAAUUAUUAUUGAAAAGUCUUACCGAUAACAUAAUCAGUUUUGCAGACGAUCAGGAAGACGCAAUUGUUACCAAAGCAGCAAAAUUAUCGUCAAGUGCUAUCUUUAUAACUCUGGUUUCUAAGGAAUUAACAAAAAAAUAUGAGUCAAGUAACCUCGAUGAUGAUAUUGAUGCUUGUUUAAGUUGUGAAGGUACGACAGAUCUAUAUUGUCAUAUUCUUAGCCAAAUUGAAAAAGAAUGCGAACCGCAGGAAGAAAAAGGAGUUGUGCGAAAAGUUUUAUCAUCAAUAUAUGCAUCUCGAAAUGGGUUAACUGAAGCAGAAAUACUGAAGCUUGCCGCAAUUGAUUGGAAAACAUGGGGUCCGAUUGUUACUACUUUUAAAGACAACAAAAUCUUGAUUGAGAAAUGUGGUGUUCUUACUUUUCCAUUCCAGCUGGUGCGAAAUGCUAUUAAAUCUAAAUAUAUGUCGGACAAGAUGCACGGAGUCAUUGAUGUUGCAGCGACGAUUAGACAUCAUCUGAUCUAUUUCCAUUCGUCAACGUUACUUACGGAGUAA